AUGCCUGGAUAUUCUUGUUGUGGUCUACAAAGUGAAGAGGAUUUGGAGAUUAUGGUUGGACUUGCACUUUCUUGUGAUAUUCAUCGUAUUGAUGUUUUUGUACAGUGUUGUUCUUUGGGUGAAGGUUAUAUGAUUUGUGAUGUUGAAGCUAGUAGCAGUAGUAGUGUUGAGUGGGACAAAGGUUUGCUCAAGGAGUUGUUGAAUUUCGAGAUGCGUUGUCAAAUUAAACAUGCUAGGAUGACUUCAAGUAUGAUUGGUGGGCUAAUUUCAAGUGAUAUUCGUGUUGAAAAAGCAAGGGGUCUUGUUUUUGGUGACUAUUCAUCAUCAUUUGACGAUCUUCGUUGGUAUGUUGAUGCCGCUAAUGAUUGUAAUCUGAGGAGUGUUUUUUAUAUGGAAUUUGAUGUUGAUAGUAAAGGAAGACAUUUCGAAUGCUUGUUUUUCGCUUUUGAGGCAUGUAUUCAUGGUUUCAAGUAUUGUCGGCCUGUGUUGAUGCUUGAUGGAACUUUCUCGAAAGGAAGACACAAAGGUUGUUUAUUGGCUGCUACGGCAAAAGAUGGUAACCAAGGUUUAUAUCUGUUAUGUUUUGCUAUUAUUGAUAGUGAAAGUUAUGACAGUUGGCCUUGGUUCUUGUCAAAGUUAUCAGUUAUUUUGACUCCGGAGAGGGAUAUUACGUUUGUUGCUGAUCGACAUGGAGGUUUGCUGAAAGCUUUAGCUGAGGGUCGUUGUGGUCAUAGUGUUGAGAAUCUUCUUGAGGAUUUGUCUAAUGAGUGUUGGUAUAACGCUUAUUUUCAAGGCAAGAGGUAUGGUGAAAUGUGCACAAAUGCUGCAGAAUCUUUUAAUUCAUGGAUUAGGGAUGAACGCCAUUUGUUUUCAACUAGUCUUGUUGAUGCUAUACGGGUGAAACUAAUGGAGCAAUUUUCAAGAAGGAGAGAAGUUGGGAAUAAGUGGAAUCGUAUUGUUUGUCCUUUUGCAAAGAAAAAGUUGGAAGAAACUUUUAAUGAUACAAAAGCAUGGAUAGUUAAGAAAUGUAGCGAUGACAUUUAUGAAAUCCAAUUGGAUCAUUCAGUUAUGAGGAGUGGGAAAGAUCUGAAUUACUUUCUUGAUGAUUACUACCAUGUUAGUAGUUAUUAUGAUUCUUAUUCACAUUCUAUCUAUCCAGUUCCUAGUAUGUGGAAGCCAAAUGUAGUUGUUGAUGAUGACGUUGUUUUACCUCCUCUUUGUAAGAGACCAGCAGGACGUCCAAGAACGGAGAGAAUACCUUCUAAGGGCGAAAUCAAGAGAAUUAGGUGCAAUAGGUGUGGGAAGAUGGGAACUCAUAAUCGGAAGACAUGUAAAGAAGCUUUGCUUUAG